GGCCAGGAGAAACUGGAGGCUUUCGUGACGAAGGUAGCUCUGUUCUGGAAGCUAUCCUCUGCCCCUCGGUGUUCAUGAGCCAAGUGAUUCCCUCGACGGACAGGGCGAUGCUGGCUCGGAUGGAUGAUGACGCCCUCAAUUCCAGGAUUCUCCUGAAUAGCGUCUCCACCUAUAUGGGCCUCUGCGAGCAGCUCCGGAGGAUGGACCAGCUGAGGAAGGCCCACGUUGCUGCUGAUGAGGCCUUGAAGAAAUCCGAUAAGGAGAUAGCCUCCCUCCGGAAGAGAUUGGCCGAUGCUAAGGCGAGCAUGGGCCCGGGGCUGGAGGCUGUUGAGGCUAAGGGCAAAGCUGCCGUGGAGGAGGCCGCCAAACUGGCUGCCGAAGCUGCCGAGAGGGCAAGAUCGAGGAGGUAGCUAAGACUGAGAGGGCUGCCGUCGAUGCCUUCGUGGUCGAGGGCUGGAGUGCCGAGGAUAGGAAGGAGUGGCUUUCCUCGGUGGUGGAGAAAAGUGUGGACGCCUGGGUUGAAGGCCCCGACAAGAUGUGGUUGGCUGUGCAAGGCGAAUCGUAUUAUCAAGGGGGUGAGUUCUUCACCCAGCGUCUGAUAUACCGGAAGCUGGCCCGACACUUCAACAUUCCUCCGGGGAUUUUCGAGCCGGAAACCUACAGUCUCCCCCCUCGGCAGCCAGAUAUCAGGAUCCCCUUGCCCCCGGAUGUGGAGAGGCUGACCCUGGAAGUCUCC